AUGGAUCCAAUACUUCAGCCAUUAAUCCAUAACAGAUGUCUUUACAACAAGUGCUCCCAUAUAUGUCUGCCAUCGGAUGACAAUCGGAUAUAUCGUUGCGUUUGUCCGAAAGACACGGUUUUAAUCGAUGGCAACGUUUGCGGCGAAAAGCGUUUCGAGACAUUAGUAGUCGAGUCAAUGCAUUGGGAAAAGGAUUUACAGAAUCUAAUCAAACACUCCAUCAGAAAGUCGAUGGAUUUGCGGCGACUCCUAAACCAAUCGUUUGAACAUCAAAUGGAUUUAAACCAUUUGUUUGAUAUAUAUCUCAACGACUCGUUUGAUAUGAAGACAAUGUUUCGUCUGAACGCAAACCAUAGGCUGUCGAUGAAGAAGGGGUUCCUUAAAUCCAUUAAUGAGACACUGUUUUGGAGGCAUUUGUUUGAUCAAACUUUUCGCGUUAUAAGUCCUAACAAUUUAACGCUUAAUGAAUCGUAUAAUUCCGACAAUUUGACUCAAAUGAUGGACUUUUUGGAGGCUUUGAUGAAAAGUGAAGACUUUAAUGAGUAUUGGGCUGUCGAUGAGAUAAGAGUCGGCCAACUCGUCAUCCAUGCCAUCAUUUUGAUUGCUUUGUUGGUUAUAAUUGCGUUGUUUUCAUAUAUCGGGUAUCGUUUGAAACAUACAUUUUACAAGAAUUCAUCCCAAUAUCCGAUGCAAGAUAUAAGAGUAGAUGUGAUGCGAAACAGACGUGAUAUCAAUAAUAAUAAGUCAUUCAAGUCUGCGAUGGAAACCAAGAAUUGA